AUGCCUCUUUCGGAUGGCAAGCAGGUGAUACGAUGGAAUUUGAUCGUCUCCAUUAUUGCGCUGGUUUCCUCCUUUGUCACUGUGAGUGUGUACUUGACAGCAGAAAAUGGGUACUCCCUUGAAAAACCUGCAGCACGUGUGCCGUAUUUCGCCAGAGUUUCGGGUGUGCACCUCGUGACCUUGCCGUCCCCUUUGAAUGACCUCACGGUGCUUGCGGCACGCCCCUUCGGGGCAGCUGAUGUGGCUCACAAGGUGAUGCGUUUCUUCACAAAAAACGUGAAACCGGUCCGUUCAGAUGGGGAAAAUGCCGCAACGGAAUUCCGCAGCGAAAGUGCGAUUAUGAAGGAGUUGCUGAGUUCCGCCCCCGCAAUCCCUGGUGGUGCGGCAAAGGUGCUUCAUCUCUGCUCAGCCAGCUCCUGCAUCGGACCGUACCUCUCACAGCUCCACGUGAAGCGGGCAAAUCAGGUGCUUGGGCGCUCGAUAGGUGUGUAUGCUUUGGUAUAUGGCGAUGCCACUGUGGGGCGUACCAUUGAAAGGGAUCUUAAAAAAAUUGGUGUGCUAAUUCCUACGUAUAAUAAUUAUUCGUUUAGGGGAGAAUCAGCCAUGCCGCUUCAAGGCGUUAUUGGCGAGAUGAACUCCACAAACACAGUUGAUGCAGCCUGCUCGGUGAAAGAGAAUAGCUGUCAAUAUAGAAUCCGGGAUAAUGGCACGCUGUCGCAGAUUUCUGUGCCACUGUUACCAUUUCAUUCGGUAAGUUUUGGCGAGUUGCGCCUUUCAACGAUACUAUUUGAUGUAGUUCACAUUGAUGUCAGCUCGGAUGAGACACCAGCUGCUAUUUGCCUUCUCGGAGGUUUGCUCGCUUCCUCUUUGCGUCCCUCACAUAUUCAUUUGGUAAUAUACCCGUCACCGUUUCUUGAGCGUAUCUUAAUUUCGGUGAAUACCCUUCGGGAGAAAGCGCACUAUAAUGUGUUUUUCACUGGCGGACGUUGUUUGGCCUCCAGUACUACCUCUUCCGUCUUAUCCUAUGAAUCCCUUCGCGAAUUGCUCAACUUUGAUAGCUCUCAGACUCUCUCAAGGCCAAAUUUACGUGGGUAUGCUAUGGAGCCCCUUUGUAUAUUGUUUCUCUCGCAGAUUUUUGAUUCCUUGCCGAAGCUGCUAGAGCAUGUCUUACCCACUGAUAAGGAGCAUGCCAUGAGGACCUUUGUGUUUGAGCCUCAAGCCGGUGGUAGACACGUUGCUGCCAACCCAGAAUCGAGUGGGGUGUGGGGUGCCUCGAAUUACUUGGUGCUUGUGGUGCCCUUUGUAGUUGUAGGAUUAUUGAUUUGGGGCCUUUCCAGGGGGAAAUGUCGGCUGCGUACCGCGAAUACUACUUCACACUAG